AUGGUUGGCGCCAUGCGGUCAGCUGCAGGACUGUUCUAUGCUGCAGUCUUUGCCUUUUCGAAUCUCGCCACUGCGAGCAAUCAUGGCUCAACAAGCCUGGACACCAUGAACAAGUGCGCGAUCGAUCCAACAGCGAUGGUAUCCGACGCCUGUGUCUCUUACGGCACAAUCAACAAACUCAACGAUGAAAUCUACACUCUCCUCCAGUCAAUCACUUCCGAAACCGACUUCUUUUCCUACUACCGCUUGAACCUCUUCAAUAAAGAAUGUCCCUUCUGGUCAGAUUCAAGCAGCAUGUGCGGCAAUAUUGCGUGCUCCGUGAACACCAUCGAAUCCGAAGAAGAUAUCCCCCUCGUGUGGCGGUCGGAAGAACUGAGCAAGCUGGAAGGUCCCAAGGCAAACCAUCCACCUCGAAAAGUCCAGGCAGAGCGCCCGAAGGAGCGGCCGCUACAGGGCAUGCUUGGUGAAGGCGUUGGAGAGAGUUGUGUGGUCGAGUACGACGACGAAUGUGACGACCGGGACUACUGUGUCCCAGAAGACCAGGGCUCCGCCGGCAAGGGCGACUACGUGAGCUUAGUCGACAACCCUGAGCGAUUCACCGGAUACGCAGGAGAAGGUGCGCACCAAGUCUGGGAUGCAAUUUACCGCGAGAACUGCUUCAUGAAGCCCGUGGCCGAGGAGUUGGAGGAGCAAUCGCUCAUCGUGCCUCUCGGCGGCCUGCAGGCCGUGUCCGAUUUCCGAAGCGUCCUGCAGAAGGAGUCGCAGCGACUGGAUGGACUGCCCUUGGAUAACGAGUGCUUGGAGAAGCGAGUUUUCCACCGGCUCAUCAGCGGGAUGCACGCCUCCAUCUCCACACAUCUCUGCUGGGAUUACCUCAACCAGACAACGGGCGAGUGGCACCCCAACAUGCAGUGCUACAAGGAGCGGCUGCAUGAGCACCCGGAGCGCAUCUCCAAUAUGUAUUUCAACUACGCUCUGGUCUCGCGCGCCGUCGCCAAGCUGCGCAAGCAUCUGGAGGGGUACACAUUCUGUACUAGCGAGCCCGAACAAGACAUUGAGACUAAGCAGCGCAUCAACCAACUCACCGAGGUACUCUCACGCCCGCCGCAGAUCUUCGACGAGAACCUGAUGUUCCAGGACCCGAGCACGCAAGGACUCAAGGAGGACUUCCGCAACCGCUUCCGCAACGUCAGCCGGCUGAUGGACUGCGUGGGUUGCGACAAGUGCCGACUCUGGGGCAAGCUGCAGGUCAACGGGUACGGAACCGCCCUUAAGGUGCUUUUCGAGUACGAUGAGACCAAGAAUGGAGAGAACCCGGAGCUGCGCCGCACAGAGUUGGUGGCCCUCAUCAACACGCUCGGCCGUAUUUCACACAGUAUCGCCGCGGCGCGCAGCUUCCACGAAGCUCUGGAGGCGGGUCAAGAGAACGCUUUCCCUCUGCGACACUCUGCACCCUCGACUCAUAACCACGCCGAGGCUAAGAAUGAAGAUAAGGGACCACGAAAGUUGUUCCACGACGGUACUGGAAAGUUCUACUAUGAAAAUGACGAGGGCGACUAUAUCUAUGGACGCGAGAAGGUGGAUCGCUUGCCCUGGGAGCGUCCUCCCCGAAAUCCGGAUGCUUCUGCCUUUGAUGAUCUCAAGAGCGAGUUUGGUAUGAUCUGGGAUGUGACUGCAUAUGUUCUACGGAGCUGGUUGGAUAUUCCUCGGACAUUAAUUGAAAUCACCGUGUGGGAAGGACAACGGCUCUGGGCGUUCUGGCUGGGUCUGCCUGUACCUCCUCGUGCCUGGAAGAUCAAGGCUCCAGCAUCGGAAGCCACUCGACGGCCUCAGGCCAACCCUCACAGCGAGCUGUGA